AUGUCCCGACACCAGGCGUUUCGUAACGUCCACAACACUCUCGAGGAGCACUACUUCGAUGGCGGCGAAGAGAGCGAGGAAGAAGAGCUCAGCGCCGAGGACCAGGCCCUUAUGCAACAGGGUAUUGCAGAUGUCAAGGCAGCACUGGGCAUAGAGGUUUCCAAAGUCAGCACCGAGCAGAUACAAGAGGCGCUUUGGCACUACUACUAUGACGUCGACAAAUCUGUCACCUACCUCCUCACGAAGUUCAUCGCUCCCCCACCAAAGGCAGCCAAGACUACACAGAAGGAAAAAAGUUCUGGUGAGCAUGCUCUUUCCUAUGUUCGUCGGGAAGCACUGGGCACCUUUGAAAAUUCCGGAGCGGACUCGGGCUGCAACCAUGACAUUCAAGGUCACGAGUUUCUAUACCCACCUACACCUCGUUCUCCUGCCAGCCUCAGUGAUCGAACUUUUAUCUCUGCCUUAUUUCACGGCGUGCAAUGGGGAAACAUACCAGAACAUCGGAAAGCUGUUUUUAUCGAGCCUAAACGACCUCGCGGCGGGCUGCUUGGCGGUUCAGGUGCCCCUCCUAAGCUGUCCAAGCUCCAACAACUUGCUGCAGCUAGGAAAAAGAAGCAGGAGGAAAAGAAGUCGGAGGAGAAGACUGAGAAAGCCCGGCAGAAGUUGGGGGAGCUCUCCGUCGGGGACAGCACGUCCAAAAAAGAGAGUGCGCUCCCGAGUGGUGCCUUUGGGAAACGCCGCAUGCCCCUAGCCGCCUUCCCAUCCGAAGAUGUUGGAAGCACUUCGAAUCACCAAGAGGCCCUCAGAGAUGGUGACUUCUCAACGAAUCAUCAAAAAGGAAUGGAAGAAGAGGUUGAGGAGGCACCUGAACCAGCCAAGCCAUCAGCCUUUGCCCAGACACUUCUUGGGCCCGCUUCAGAUGCAGCGAGGCGUGGCUCAAUGCAGUUGUUUCCUUUACCAUAUACGGCAUCUUCCCAGUCUUUGGCCGACGCUUUCUCAGAACCUAGUCCAGACGACGUGGUUCUGGCGGCUCAGGCAAAAGCGGGCAAGAAGACCGUGGCGAUCCCGACUAAGAAGAAGGCUGGGAUCGACUCCGUUGCAAAUGACGUGAAGGCAUUGAAGAUUGACGACGCUCCCUUGCCAAAGAGCAAGAAUCUCAAUGUCCUUUCCGAGUUCGAGAAGAGCAACAGCAAAAAGAGGGCAAGCUUCGUCGUCGUCGGCCAUGUUGACGCUGGGAAGAGCACAAUGAUGGGCAGGCUGCUACUCGAUCUCAAUGUUGUGGAUCCCCGCACAGUUGAGAGAUUCCGCAAGGAAGCAGAGAAGAUAGGGAAGUCGUCAUUUGCCCUUGCCUGGGUCCUCGAUCAACGGGCCGACGAGAGGGCUCGCGGCGUCACCGUGGAUAUAGCAACAAACAGUUUCGAGACUGACCAAACCGUCUUCACUGUUUUGGAUGCCCCAGGCCACAGAGAUUUCAUCCCGAACAUGAUUGCGGGCGCAAGCCAGGCCGACUUUGCUGUUCUCGUCAUCGAUGCAAGCACUGGGGCGUUCGAAUCUGGUUUGAAGGGACAGACCAAGGAGCACUCCCUACUCAUCCGCAGCAUGGGGGUUUCGCGAAUCAUAGUGGCGGUGAAUAAGCUGGACACUGUCAGUUGGUCGAAGGAGAGAUUUGACGAAAUUGCGCAUCAAGUCUCGGGCUUCCUCGCCGUAACCGGAUUCCAGCCAAAGAACAUCUCCUUUGUCCCUGUCUCGGGAUUAAAUGGCGAUAACUUGGUUAGGAGGGUAUCGGAUCCAGCGGCGUCAUGGUACGAUGGCCCGACUAUAGUCGAAGAACUUGAAAACUCGGAGCCAACGACGCGAGCGUUGUCGAAACCGCUGCGCAUGGCCAUCUCGGAGGUCUUCCGCACCAUGCAGAGCCCGGUGACGGUAGCCGGCAGAAUAGACGCCGGUUCUCUACAGACAGGGGACGCGCUCCUUGUGCAACCGAGUGGAGAAAAGGCAUACGUCAAGUCGAUACUGCUCGACCAGGAGCCCGUCGGCUGGGCUGUCGCUGGCCAGAACGUCGUGAUCCACCUCAGCAACAUCGAUGUCAUCCACGUGCGGGUUGGCGACAUCAUCUGCGACCCGACAAAGCCGAUCCAAUGCCUCGACACGUUCACACUCAAAGUGCUGGCUUUCGACUUUCUGAUGCCCAUGCCGGUCGACGUUCACCGAGGGAGGCUCCAUGCUGCUGGCACCAUCGCCGAGAUUCCGGCAUUACUGGACAAAGUCAGCGGAGUCGUAACGAAGAAGAAACCAAGAAUUGUGAAGCCGGCCAGCGUGGCGAGGGUCGUGGUCAAGCUGGCCUCAAAAGUGCCACUGGAGCCUGGGCAGCGGAUAGUGCUUCGAAGCGGCGGUGAGACUGUGGCGGCAGGAGAACCAAUAGGGGGAACAGCAAAGUCAAUAGAAGGGGACACGUUCCUUCACAUUGGGGUCCAAGUAUGCAUAAGUGCCACCAAGCUUUGGAACAAGUCUCCAUUUAAGAGAAGCAAACUUCCAAACAAUUCUUCUUCCAUUCCCCCACAACCAUUCAACAAACCCAUCUUUCCCUUACCUAUCUUCACCAUGGCUCGCUCGUCCCGGAGCAACAUGGCCAUUGGCCUUGGUUUGCUGGCGUUUUUCUGCGCCCUCUUCUCCCCAGCAUUUGUCCAGACAGUAAGAGCGGAUGACGUCCAAGAGUAUGGCACUGUCAUCGGUAUUGAUCUCGGAACCACAUACAGCUGCGUCGGUGUGAUGCAGAAGGGCAAGGUUGAGAUUCUCGUCAAUGACCAAGGAAACCGGAUUACCCCAUCAUAUGUGGCCUUUACCGACGAAGAGCGGCUGGUUGGUGACGCAGCAAAGAACCAGGCUGCGUCAAACCCCUACAACACAAUCUAUGGCAUCAAGCGGUUGAUUGGCCGGAAAUUCGCCGAGAAGGAUGUCCAGAGCGACGUCAAGCACUUCCCCUUCAAGGUCGUCUCCAGGGAUGAUAAGCCCGUCGUCAAGGUCGUCGUGUCUGGUGGAGAGGAGAAGACCUUCUCUCCCGAGGAAGUCUCGGCCAUGGUGUUGGGCAAGAUGAAGGAGGUCGCUGAGAGCUACCUGGGCAAGAAGGUUACCCACGCCGUUGUCACCGUUCCCGCCUACUUCAACGAUAACCAGAGGCAAGCUACCAAGGACGCUGGUGUCAUCGCCGGCCUCAAUGUCCUCCGUAUCGUCAACGAACCUACCGCUGCCGCUAUCGCCUAUGGCCUGGACAAGACCGAUGGCGAACGCCAGAUCAUUGUCUACGAUCUUGGUGGUGGCACUUUCGAUGUCUCGCUCUUGUCCAUUGACGAGGGUGUGUUCGAGGUUUUGGCUACCGCAGGUGAUACCCAUCUGGGUGGUGAGGAUUUCGACCAGCGAGUCAUCAACCACUUCGCCAAGACGUACAACAAGAAGAACAACGUCGACGUUACCAAGGACGCCAAGGCCAUGGGCAAGUUGAAGCGUGAGGCCGAGAAGGCCAAGCGUACCCUGUCCUCUCAGAUGUCUACCCGCAUCGAGAUUGAGUCCUUCUUCGAUGGCAACGACUUCUCCGAGACUCUCACCCGGGCCAAGUUCGAGGAGCUCAACAUGGACCUCUUCAAGAGGACCCUGAAGCCCGUUGAGCAGGUGCUCAAGGACGCCAAGGUCAGGAAGGAGGAAGUCGACGACAUCGUCCUCGUCGGUGGCUCCACCCGCAUUCCCAAGGUUCAGUCCCUCGUUGAGGAGUACUUUGGUGGAAAGAAGGCCUCCAAGGGCAUCAACCCCGAUGAGGCUGUCGCUUUUGGCGCCGCUGUCCAGGCUGGCGUUCUCUCUGGCGAGAAGGGUACUGAGGAACUCGUCCUCAUGGAUGUGAACCCCCUCACUCUUGGUAUUGAGACCACCGGAGGUGUUAUGACCAAGCUCAUCUCCCGCAACACCCCCAUCCCGACCCGCAAGAGCCAGAUCUUCUCCACCGCAGUCGAUAACCAGCCAACCGUUCUGAUCCAGGUCUUCGAGGGAGAGCGCUCGAUGACCAAGGACAACAACCUUCUCGGCAAAUUCGAGCUUACCGGCAUUCCUCCUGCACCCCGUGGCCAGCCCCAGAUCGAGGUCUCGUUCGAGCUCGACGCCAACGGUAUUCUCAAGGUUUCGGCUCAUGACAAGGGCACUGGCAAGCAGGAGUCCAUCACCAUUACCAACGACAAGGGCCGCCUCACUCAGGAGGAGAUCGACCGCAUGGUCGCCGAGGCCGAGAAGUACGCCGAGGAGGACAAGGCCAACGCCGAGCGCAUCACCGCUCGCAACGGUCUUGAGAACUACGCUUUCAGCCUGAAGAACCAGGUCAACGACGAGGACGGUCUCGGUGGCAAGAUCGACGACGAUGACAAGGAGGCUAUCCUCGACGCUGUUAAGGAGACCACCGAAUGGCUUGACGAGAACGGCGCCACUGCCUCCACCGAGGACUUCGAGGAGCAGAAGGAGAAGCUCUCGGCUGUGGCAUAUCCGAUUACCAGCAAGCUGUACCAGGAUGCUGGCGGUGCUGGUGAUGGUGGUGACGAUGAGCCCGAUGCCCACGAUGAGCUCUAA